GGUAAUGCCGCCCCUGUAUUGCUUCAAGCCUCGCCUCAGGGCUCCAUGCCAAGAGCAUCAAUUCUUAUCCCGCUUCAUCUGAAGAGCUCUGCGUGCUCCAGCAAAAGGCGGGGCAACCCACGAGCAAGAUUUCCAACUGGGAGACGCGGCCACCGUGCCAAGCCAAGACGGGCUCAGAACCAGGGCGGAGGCUUUGCGGAAGUGGAGCUGGGAGCAGUCCGGCAUCCCUGGCCACCAUGGGACCAUAACUAUCGGGACACCAGCAGCAGCCAAUUGAAACGUCUGGGAGAUGAAGGAGGAAAAAACUGUGAGUGGCGUGUGCUAAAGCAGCAGAAGACAGAGUACCCUUUGAGGCAGAGGGAGAGAGAAACCCUUGCUGACACUCGCACUAUGCCCAGUUUGGCUGCUGGCGCUGCUGGAACGUACGUUCCAGCUGGACUCUAACGGGCGCUAUGGAGCAGUACAGCCGUCUCUCUGCUCUUUGCAUUCUGCUGCUGCUUCGAGGGCUAUGCAGGUCUUUCAACAUUGAUGUGAAGAAACCCCGGAUCUUCCAGGGCCCACCGGAGGCCCAAUUCGGUUACAAAGUCCUGCAACACGAGGCCGGGGGGGAGAAAUGGAUGUUGGUCGGGGCGCCCUGGGAUGGGACAGCUGACAACCGGAAGGGGGACGUGUACAAGUGUGUCCUGGCUGAAAGAAACAGCUCUACCUGUGCCAAGGUUAAUCUAGGUGACAUGGCCCUGCGGAACGUCUCCACCCAAAUCAGAAACAUGCACUUUGGGAUGACGCUCGUGGACAACCGAGGGGAUGGCUUUGUGGCCUGCGCCCCCCUCUGGUCCCAGGAAUGUGGCACCUCCCUGUUCAGCACGGGCAUCUGCACCCAGGUGGAUGGCAGCUUCCAGCCGACCGGCACCAUCGCCCCCACGGCCCAGAGAUGUUCCACCUACAUGGAUAUAGUGAUCGUCCUGGAUGGCUCCAACAGCAUCUAUCCCUGGUAUGAGGUUCAGAAUUUCCUCAGCAAUAUCCUGAGCAAGUUUUUCAUCGACCCUAACCAGAUCCAGGUGGGGGUGCUGCAAUACGGGGAGAAAGCUGUCCACGAAUGGACCCUCCAGGAUUACCAGACCGCGGAAGAAGUGGUGGAGGCAGCAAAGAACAUCAGCCGGCAGGAGGGCCGGGAGACCCGCACGGCAUUCGCUAUCCACAAGGCCUGCUCGGAAGCCUUCAGCCCGGAGAAGGGAGGCCGGGAAGGAGCCACCAAACUGAUGAUCGUGGUGACCGAUGGGGAGUCUCAUGAUGGGGAUGAGCUGCCGGCGGCCCUGGUCGAAUGCAAGAAACGCAACAUCACACGCUAUGCUAUUGCGGUCCUAGGUCACUACAUCCGCCGCCAGCAGGAUCCCCACUCCUUCAUCAACGAAAUCAAAUAUAUCGCCAGCGACCCUGAUGAGAAAUACUUCUUCAACGUGACGGAUGAGGCGGCCCUGAACGACAUCGUGGACGCCUUAGGGGACAGGAUCUUCAGCCUCGAAGGGACUCAUGGAUACAACGAAAGCUCAUUUGAAUUGGAGAUGUCCCAGAUCGGUUUCUCCACCCACCUGCUGGAGGACGGGAUCCUCUUUGGCACCGUGGGGGCGUACGACUGGGAUGGUGCCGUCCUCAAGGAGAGCAGGCACGGCCGGGUCAUCCCGCCCAGGAAAGCCUUCGAGAAGGAGUUUCCGCUGAAGCUGAAAAACCAUGCUGCCUACCUAGGUUACACAGUCUCCUCGGUCCGGCUGCGGAACGGGAAGUGUCUCUACGUGGCGGGGGCGCCGCGCUUUAAGCACAAGGGGAAGGUUAUCCUGUUCGAGAUGAGCAACAGUGGGCAGGUGGCCAUAUCCCAGGCUCUCACCGGGGAGCAGAUCGGCUCGUACUUCGGCAGCGAAGUGUGUCCUGUGGACGUGAAUGGGGAUGGAAUCACAGACGUCCUGCUGGUCGCCGCCCCAAUGUACCUGGGAGCUCAGAGCAAAGAAACAGGCCGGGUCUAUAUCUACAAAGUAGGCCAGCGGCUCCUGACGUUCAACGGGACCCUGCGUGCCGGCAAGAAGCCGCAGGACUCCCGCCUCGGUUACGCUCUGGCUGCUGUGCCCGACCUCAACCACGACGGCUUUAACGACGUGGUGGUGGGAGCGCCCCUGGAGGAUGGCCACCAGGGUGCCAUAUACAUCUACCACGGCUCCCGCACCACCAUCCUGCCGCAGUACCAGCAGCGGAUCGAAGCCUCAUCACUCCACCCGAGUCUGAGCUACUUUGGCCGCAGCGUGGUCGGACAGAUGGACCUGGAUGGGGACCAGCUGGUGGAUUUGGCUGUCGGGGCCCAGGGAGCCGCCGUGGUAUUACGGUCACGGAGGAUCAUCCAGGUCAACGUCUCGCUGGCCUUCCACCCCCCCUCCAUCAACGUGCUCCAGAAGAACUGCCAGAGACACGGAAAGGACUCUGUGUGCAUCACGGCCACCGUCUGCUUCCGCGCAACCUCCCGCUCCCCAGGCCGGGGGGACCGGCAUUUCGGCAUCCGGUACAACGUGUCUCUGGACGACAGGAAGUUCAGCACCAGGGCCGUGUUCGACGCCACCUCCCAGAAGCUGGUGCAGAAGCGGCUGCCCCCUGAAGUUCAGCACCAGGGCCGUGUUCGACGCCACCUCCCAGAAGCUGGUGCAGAAGCGGCUGCCCCCUGCCAGUCGCUCCCCUUCCAUGUGAUCGACACCACAGACUACCUGAGGCCUGUCAGCAUGAUGGUGAAAUUUGCCCUGAACGAUUCUGAGCCAGGCCCGGUGCUGGAUGAGAGGUCAUCCACCAUGGUUAAGAAACUGAUCCACUUCUUCAAGGACUGUGGCGAGGACAAUGAGUGCAUCACGGACCUGGUGCUGCAGGCGAACAUGGAUCUUUCCGGAUCCAGGUACGACAGCGCGGGCAGCCUGGAGCGUGGCCCCAGCUCGGCCAUGGACGUGGCGUUCCUGCUGGAGUUUGAGUUCAGCUGCUCUUUCCUUCUCAACCGCGUGCAGCUGAAACUCACGGCCAGCAGUGACAGCAUCGAAAUGAACGAGACCCUGCACGAUAACACGGCCCAGCCCUUUGCCUACAUCAGCUACGAGCCCGACCUCUUCCUCUCCAGCGAGGCCACCUUGAACCGCUACGAAGUGCAUCCGGCGGGCACCUUCCCCAGCAGCCCCGGGCCGGAGUUCAAGACGACCAUCAAGGUAUCGAGAGAAGGGGGCAGAUCUGGGAGGAUCUCCUGCCUCGCAGAGGGUUGUCUGUCUGUCUGUCCAGCAGCAUCGUCCCUCUCGGCCACACUCAAAGCGGGCCCUGUCGCAACCACACUGCCGUGUGCUGUCUCGUUCCAGGUGACCUGUGUCUUGCACAACUGGACAGAGGCAACGCUACGGGGCCAGGCGGGAGUGGUUCCAGUGCACCCCGAAGACCUCUUGCACACAGACACACUGAACUGCAGCAACGCCUGGUGCCAGGUGGUGACGUGUGAGCUGGAGCAGCUGGAGAAGAACACGGAGGUGGCCGUCCACCUGCUGAGGGUGAUCCACAACGACUUCUUCAGGAGGGCUAAAUUCAAGACUGUGAAAAUCACCAGCACGUUUGCGCUCAUCGCCCAAGAGAGCAGCUUCCUCGUCCUGGAGGAGUCAGCGCAUCGGCGAGAGACAGUCCUGGAGAUCAUCCGGCCCAAACACAUUCCCAUCUCUUUAUGGAUCCUGAUCGGCAGCAUCAUUGGAGGCCUCCUGUUACUGGCACUGAUAAUAUGGGGUCUGUGGAAGCUUGGAUUCUUUGCUCACAAGAAGGCCCAGGAGGAGAAGGAGGAGGAGUGACAUGACAGGGGCUGCCCUGCUCCGUUCCUUGCUACAAACUCUCACUCGCUCAAGCUGCGCCAUGCUCCAGCCAAUCGCACCUGCCUGCAAGGAAGAGCAGCAGGGGCGGCUAGGCUGAGGGGCAGAAGAGCCCUCCCUCGGUUAGCCCAUGGACAUUUCCUUUGGCACACCCGUGGCUCAGAGGACUCUCUGGCGGGUAGAAAUAGUGGGAGACGAUCCCCCUCCGGCUUGGGCUCUGCCGGGGUAGGGCAGAUCCUGUCGCCCGGCGAGUGCUCCUACACUUGGUUGCAUGAAGAAUGCAGCUGAGUUCCCUUCUCCAGCGGCUUAGGCAAAGGAGACAAGGAGUUUGAGCCCAAAGGGGAAUCUUCCCAGCUAGCAAAGCAGGCACAAAACCCACCCCCCCAAGCCAGGGUGGACCCACCACUCAGCCCAGGCCAGCUGACAUCGGAAAGACAACGGGGCAUUGCAACUCUUCGCAGCCCGCGGGGGCUCGUCAAUAAAGUUUGCAGCGUGGUUGGCUAGGUUCUUUCCCCCUCUUCGGCUGCACUGUCAAGUUAAAACCUCCCUCUGCUCGGGAUGCUGUUUUCAGAGGGCCCACGGCCGGUCCCUCAGCCCCGACUGCUCCCUCCCUUGUAAGCUUCUUGGGGCUUCCCCCGCACUUUGGGUGGAGCAGUGGGA